AUGCAUCAAAGCAGCAGAACGCACAAUGACAACCGUAUACUAAUCACCCAGUACGGACUAAUCACCCUUUACGGACUAAUCACCCAGUACAGACUAAUCACCCAGUACGGACUAAUCACCCAGUACGGACUAAUCACCCAGUACAGACUAAUCACCCAGUACGGACUAAUCACCCAGUACGGACUAAUCACCCAGUACAGACUAAUCACCCAGUACGGACUAAUCACCCAGUACGGACUAAUCACCCAGUACAGACUAAUCACCCAGUACAGACUAAUCACCCAGUACGGACUAAUCACCCAGUACGGACUAAUCACCCUGUACGGACUAAUCACCCAGUACGGACUAAUCACCCAGUACAGACUAAUCACCCAGUACAGACUAAUCACCCAGUACAGACUAAUCACCCUGUUCGGACUAAUCACCCUGUACGGACUAAUCACCCUACUAAUCACCCAGUACGGACUAAUCACCCAGUACAGACUAAUCACCCAGUACGGACUAAUCACCCAGUACGGACUAAUCACCCAGUACAGACUAAUCACCCUGUUCGGACUAAUCACCCUGUACGGACUAAUCACCCUGUACAGACUAAUCACCCUGUACAGACUAAUCACCCAGUACAGACUAAUCACCCCGUACGGACUAAUCACCCAUUACAGACUAAUGACCCUGUACGGACUAAUCACCCUGUUCGGACUAAUCACCCAGUAUGGACUAAUCACCCAGUACAGACUAAUCACCCUGUACGGAAUAAUCACCCUGUAUGGACUAAUCACCCAGUAUGGACUAAUCACCCAGUAUGGACUAAUCACCCUGUACGGACUAAUCACCCUGUAUGGACUAAUCACCCUGUACGGACUAAUCACCCUGUAUGGACUAAUCACCCUGUAUGGACUAAUCACCCUGUACGGACUAAUCACCCUGUAUGGACUAAUCACCCUGAACGGACUAAUCACCCAGUAUGGACUAAUCACCCAGUAUGGACUAAUCACCCUGUACGGACUAAUCACCCUGUAUGGACUAAUCACCCUGUACGGACUAAUCACCCUGUAUGGACUAAUCACCCUGAACGGACUAAUCACCCUGCACAGACUAAUGACCCUGUACGGACUAAUCACCCUGCACAGACUAAUGACCCUGUCAGACUCGCAGCGAGGGCAGGGGAUCUACGACUCAAUUGGAGCCGGGGAACAACAAAAGCAGCAUGUGGAUGAAUAUAUUCUGUGUUUUUGGUGUUUGGAAAGGCCCCCCUCGUGGUCCACGCUCACAGGGAUCAGCAGCUGGGCCGUCUUUAAGUCACGUUGGAUGGAGAGGCACAGGGCUAUUGUCAGACGGGGAAAAGAUGGAACCACAAAAGCACUGGAGGGCUAG